AUGGCCCGCCCCGCGAAACUCUGCGCCGAGACCCUGCCAGCCGCCCUCCGCGGAUCCAGGCCCGUCGUCGCACGCAGCGCGCGCAUACACGAGUGCAGACGCAAUGUACACAGCGGUGCUGCUCCGCGUCGGGCGUGCGCGGCUCGGAGUGGGAAUUUAAGUGCGCGAGAUGUGCGCGUCCGGAGAUCGGAGCUGCGCCGGUUUGCGACGGGGGCUGCGGCUGCGGCUGAGGCUGAGGAGCGGGGGUCGGGGCCGAUUGCGCAGGCGACGGAGGUUGCGUCGGCGAGGCUAGGCGGUGGUGGGCCCCUGGGGGAGUAUGAGGCGCGGGUGCAGCAGGGGCGGUUGCGGGAUGAUCCGCAUCAGAGGGAGAUUAUUCAGGAGCUGCAGGAUUUGUACGAGGUGCUGAAGCAGUAUACGCCGCCGGCGGUGGUUCACCCGAGCGUGGAGUCGUUGGACCCGAAGCCGCAGUCGUUCCUGGGAUCGUUGUUCGGGCGGAAGCCCGCGAAGGACGAGACGAAGAUCCCGGAGACCUUGCCCAAGGGGUUGUAUAUGUAUGGGGAUGUCGGGUGCGGGAAGACGAUGCUCAUGGAUCUGUUCUAUGAAACGCUACCGGCGAAUAUCCAGUCGAAGUCACGCAUCCAUUUCCAUAACUUCAUGCAGGAUGUGCAUAAGCGCAUGCAUGUGGUGAAGAUGCGGUAUGGGAAUGAUUUUGACGCGCUGCCCAUGGUGGCGGCCGAUAUUGCCGAGUUGUCCAGCGUGCUGUGUUUCGAUGAGUUUCAGUGUACGGAUGUGGCUGAUGCGAUGAUCUUACGGAGACUCCUCGAACUGCUCAUGUCGCAUGGUGUUGUGCUCGUUACAACCUCGAACCGGCAUCCCAACGAUCUCUACAGGAACGGCAUUCAGCGCGAGUCCUUCAUCCCCUGUAUCAAGCUCCUCCAGACGGCUUUGACAGUGAUCAACCUAAACUCACCCACCGACUACCGCAAGAUCCCCCGUCCGCCAGCGGCCGUCUACUACCACCCUCUUGGCCCCGAGGCCGAUCGCCACGCGCAGAAGUGGUUCGAGUUCCUCGGCGAUCCCAACGACCCGCCUCAUCCCGAGACACAGGAGGUCUGGGGUCGUAAGAUUGAGGUCCCCUCGGCCAGCGGCAAGGCCGCCCAUUUCACAUUCCAGCAGCUCAUCGGCAGUGCCACCGGUGCAGCCGACUAUCUGGAGCUGGUGCGCAACUAUGACGCCUUCAUCGUGACGGAUGUGCCGGGCAUGACGCUGCAUCAGCGGGAUCUGGCCCGUCGCUUCAUCACCUUCAUUGACGCCGUCUACGAGAGCAGGGCCAAACUAGUCCUCACCACAGCCGUCGCCCUGCCCAACCUCUUCAUGUCCGAGCAGGAAGUCAAGACCUCCCUCGAAGACAGCGGCGACCACUCCGACCUGUCCGACGCAAUGCGCAUGAUGAUGGAUGACCUGGGUCUCUCCAUGCAGGCGCUCAAGACCACAUCCAUCUUCAGCGGUGACGAGGAACGGUUCGCGUUUGCGCGCGCCCUGUCCCGCCUCCACGAGAUGGGCAGCAAGGAGUGGGUGGAGCGCGGGCUGGGCGUGGGGAAGACGCUUGAGGAGGGGAAGAGUGAGCACGAUGCGUGGCAAAGGUCGAGGAGUCACUGGAGUGAGGAUAACAUGUAG